AUGCCACCAACAAAAUCCUCAACAGAAAAUAUUUCUCAAGAAAAUACCAAAGAAGAACAAGAAAAUGAAUUAAAAGAAAAUAAUAAUAAUACUAACAACAAAUCAUCAUCAUUAGAUGCCUUAUAUGCAGCAGCUAGGGAGGAAUUUGAUUUAGAUUUAAGUCCAACAGAAUCGGCAAUUAAAACAUUAAAAGAAGGGAGGGAAAUACAAAAAUUAAAUGUUGUUAGAAAUUUGGGGGAAUUAUUUGAAAAUGAACCGAAAGAAACGAUUGAAAAAAUUAUACCUUUAAUUCAGGAAAUAUUAAAUAUUGAACCAAGUAAUUUGGAUAUGCAUUGUGAAGCAGCAAUUGUUUAUAAAAAUUGUAUUAAAGAUAGAAAACUUAGAAUUAAAUGCCCUGAAUUACCCGAAAUAUUAUUAAAUGCUACACUUGAAAAUAUUGAAAUUCAAAAAGAAAAUGUUACGGCCGCUGCUUGGCUUGAAUCGUUAGUAGAUAUAUCUGAAGCUGUAUCUCAACGUUCUGUUAUUUCUGUUAUUGUUCCUUUGGCUAUUUCUCAAUCAGAUUCUUCUAGGAGAGUUCAGAGACGAAUUAUCUCAACAAGACUUAUUGAGAAACUGGCGGCUUUAGUGCCUAAAGAAAUUUUACAAAGAGAACUUUGUCCAUGUGUCCAAAUGCUUUGUCGAGAUCCAAGUACUUCAGUACGCACAUCUAUUGCACAGCGGCUUGUUUUUAUUGCUCAAGCAUUAAACAAUUCUGCAGACAGCAGUUCAUUAUUAUUACCUUGUAUAAUUGAACUUUGUAAAGAUGAGGACCCAGCUGUUCGUGAAGCAACUUUAGGCACAUUAGAUGAUUGUUUACCCCAUUUUAGUAAAGAAUCAAAAAAGUCAAUAUUAUCCCCUCUUUUACAUAAAUGUGCAGAACAAGCAUUAAUUAUGAGAGAUUCAAGUUUACCUUUAAUUGCUAAACAUUUGGGUGUUUGGUUACAAUCUAUGAAGGAAAUAAUUUCUGGACCAUCAGAAAUGCGUUGGUGGUUGGAUGUUUAUACUAGAAUUUUGGAUUUUGGAAAUAAUUUUAAUAAUAAUAAUCAGCAACAACAAAAUUCAAAAAACAAAUCUUUAUCAACAAAUAAUGCAAAUACAUUUUCUACAAAUGGUUGUAUUCACAAUAAUGCAGGUUCUGCUGCAAGUUAUGAACAUUUACGUACUUGUUGUAGAAGAAUGUGUGCUUAUAAUUUUCCCUGUAUUGUCUCAGUAUUUGGGCAAGACCAACAAUUAUUUUGUCAGAAAUUAUUGCCUAUUUUGGAAAGAUUUUGUAGAGAUCCUGAUGAAGAAGUGCGGAGUACUGUUGCUUCUGGAUUUCAUGAAGUUUUGGCUCAGAGAAAUUGUUUUUUUGAAGGAGCCUCAACAGCAAAUUUAAAAUCCAAACAAAACGAACAACAACCACAACUUUUAAAUUCAUUUGUUGAAUUAUUAUCUAGUAGUAAUGGAAGUAGUGAAGUUGUUCAACAUUUAACUGGAAAUUUAGAGAAAAUUUUACCUUUUUUAUUUAAAGAAAUAAAUUCUAAUGAAAAUAAGAAAAAUACAGAAAAACUUCAAACAAAAUUAAACCAAUUAAUUAUUAACUGUAAUUCAUUAUUGAGAGGUACUGGGUUUUGGAGAGCUCAUGAAUCUUAUUUAAAUUCUAUUGCAUCACUUAAAAAUCUUUUAAGUAUUCGAGAAAUUAAACAAAAUUUUGUGCCUUUAUUAAAACAAGAAGUACUUAAUGCGAAAGCCCUUCCAUGUCGAGUAGCAGCUGCAAAUUCUCUGUUACUUUUAAUGCGUCAAUUGCCCGUAUCUUCUGAUCGUCUUGAUAUUGUUAAAUUCUUUACUGAAGGGCUUGGACAACAUUUGAGUUGUUAUAGAAGAAGAAUUUUAUUGGAUAUUGUGCCUACUUUAUUACAUAAUUUUAGUAGAGAAUUUUUUGUUGAACAAUUUUUGCCUGCAAUUUUAAAGGUUUUUAUUGGGGAAUUUAGCUAUAUUAUUAUAAAUUUAUUUUAG